AUGACUGCUUUAGAUGUAUUGGUAGUUUCACGAAGGAAUGUGCCCCGGUUUAAAGACCUCACUCCAGAAGAGACAGCCGAUAUGUUUCUGACUACCCAGAAGGUUGGGAAGGUUGUCGAACGCGAGUAUAACGGAACUUCACUGACAAUUGUUAUGCAGGAUGGAUUGGCCGCAGGACAGACGAUACCACAUUGCCACGUCCACAUAAUUCCACGUAGAUUCGGCGAUUGGGCCAACAACGACGACAUUUACAUUGAUAUUGAUAAAACGAAACUGAACGAAGUAUACACAACAACCGAGCACACAACCGCGUUGAAAGUAGAUAAUGAGGAGCGUCAACCAAGAACAUUGGAAGAUAUGGCGAAAGAAGCCGCUAAUUUGAGGAAAUUCUUUACGGAUGCAAGUUGA